UCCGCCGCGGCUGCUGCUUCGUGGGAAGAUAAGAAGUGGAAGAAGAAGAAGCACUAUGAUGAUGACGAUUAUCUGACGGUCCGAGGAGACCCUUCCGCCGCGGCUGCUGCUUCGUGGGAAGAUAAGAAGUGGAAGAAGAAGAAGCACUAUGAUGAUGACGAUUAUCUGACGGUCCGAGGAGACCCUUCCGCCGCGGCUGCUGCUUCGUGGGAAGAUAAGAAGUGGAAGAAGAAGAAGCACUAUGAUGAUGACGAUUAUCUGACGGUCCGAGGAGACCCUUCCGCCGCGGCUGCUGCUUCGUGGGAAGAUAAGAAGUGGAAGAAGAAGAAACACUAUGAUGAUGACGAUUAUCUGACGGUCCGAGGAGACCCUUCCGCCGCGGCUGCUGCUUCGUGGGAAGAUAAGAAGUGGAAGAAGUAA